AUCUGAGCUGCUCUUUCUGCUGCGAUAGUGCUCAGCUUCCAAUCCUGAAGAUGGGUGUGACGAUCUACUACACCACCAUAACUGCAAGCACUAAGAUUGACAAAAUUCAGAACCAAAUUUUCAAUCUCUUGGAAGGAAACCAUAUACCUUUUAAGUUGGUGGAUGUUUCAACAGAUAAAGCUUUUAUGGAGAACCUGAGGCAGAAGUUAGGAGAUCCCAACGCAUUGCCACCACAGAUCUUUAAUGGAGAUCAAUAUUGUGGGGAUUUUGAUGCCUUCUUUAAUGCUGUAGAAAAUGGGUCGUGGAGAGCAUUCUUCAAGUUGGAUCCAACACAGAAUCAAAAAUAAGCACGUGCAUAGUUUUUUUCAGUUCAUUUUUUUCUGUCAGUCCCAGCGCUUUGGGAUGCCCUAUCGAUGUGAAAGGCACAAUGCAAAUGUAAUUUUGUAUUGUAUUGUAUUUUCUUCAAAGUUCAUUAUUGGAUAAUUCUCUUUGGGAACAAUGCUAAAAGCGCUUUGAUUAAUUCAAAUUCAAAUGUUUCACUGGGUCUCAUUAAGCUUGUCAUUGAGUUUGCUCUUGGACUUUUGUUCAAUAAAAAAAGUUUUACUUGUAUAAACAGUAUAAACAUAUACCUGUUGAAAAUCUUAGAGAAUGUAAACAUUACAAAAUAAAAUGAAUCUUAUUCAAUUCCUUUCC